AAAUUACAUCAUUAUCUUUCAUUAAUUAGUAUUUUGUCAUUUACUGGUUAUCGAUUUCUCACUUUUUAUGCUAAUUAGUCCGUAUUUUUAGUCUUUUUAUAUUUUUCUCUUGAGUAGGGGAUUUCCAGUGCAUAUACUGAGUUUUUAUCUGGUAGUUUCUGUAGAGUGUCCUUGUGAUCCAUAAAUGCCUCAUUCUAGGUGCCCAACCUCACUGAUCCCUCUUUCUCUCUCGGGCUUUGUUCAUUGGACAUACUGGAGUGAGUUUAUCAAAACCGAAUGUUUCAGGACUUUUCCCGAGCUGUCCCCGCAAAAGUAGCGUAUAACAACUUUGCUAAAUACUGGCUGAGAGUAAUAUAAGAAUAGUCCGCUAUUUAUAGUUUGUGUACAUGUAGGUGAUGGUUAAUUAAAACAGUUAAUUUAACAGGACAUCAAACUCCUCAGCUGCAACUAGUACGACGUUCUGUCGUUGCCGACACGGGCGAGGGCGCGCGGGCCCUUUAAGCGGCUCCCGUGCCCUCACGGGGUGGCCGGAAGUGGAAGCGCUCGCGGGACCGGCGGAGGCGCCGUUGCGGCGGGGCCGGAGCGUCCCGGCGGAUCCCGAAGGAUCCCGGUGCUACCCGCGGAUCCCGAAGGAUUCCGGUGCUACCGGCCGGGGUGGCAGCGGCCCCGCCGCGCUCCCAGGGCCUCCCGAAGCGUCGGGCGCGGGCGGUCCCCGCCCUCCCUCCCCGCCUCCGGUAUCCAGGGACUCGGCCCCGUUGCUGAGGGGGCGCCCCGGCCCGGCUAUGGUGCGGCUGCACGUCAAGCGCGGCGGCGAGAGCCAGUUUCUGCUGGAGGCUCCGGGCAGCGCCCGCCUGGCCGAGCUGGCGCCGCUCGCCGCCCGCAUCCACAACGGGCGGCUGAAGGUGCAGCGCCUGUGCUCAGAGAUGGAGGAGCUGGCAGAGCAUGGUAUUUCCUUACCUUACAAUAUGCAAGGCCUGACAGAUGAGCAGAUAGAAGAGCUGAAGUUAAAGGAUGAGUGGGCAGAGAAGUGUGUCCCAAGCGGUGGAAGUGUCUUCAAGAAGGAUGAAAUGGGGCGAAGAAAUGGAUUUGCUCCAAAUGAAAAAAUGCAGCAAGUUAUAAAGAAGACAAUAGAAGAAGCCAAGGCGUUGAUCUCUAAGAAACAAGUUCAGGCCAAUGUGUGUGUUAAUAUGGAGAUGGUGAAAGAUGCAUUGGAGCAGCUCCGGGGGGCUGUGAUGAUUGUGUAUCCAAUGGGAUUGCCUCCACAUGAUCCAAUCAGGAUGGAGUUCGAAGACAAAGAAGACUUGUCAGGAACUCAUGCUGGAACUGAAGUUAUAAAAGAAUCGGAAGCACAGUUAUGGUGGGCAGGAAAGCAGUUGGAAGAAACAAAGUUGCUCUCUGACUAUGUAGGCAAAAAUGAGAAAACAACCAUCAUUGUCAAGAUCCAGAAAAAAGGACAAGGAGCUCCGGGGCGGGAGCCUGUGAUCAGUCAUGAAGAGCAAAAAGAGAUGAUGCUGUACUACUACAGGAAGCAGGAGGAGCUCAAGAAACUGGAGGAGGAGGACGACGACUCGUUUCUAAAUGCUGAGUGGGCAGACAACCAUGCUCUGAAAAGGCAAUUUCACGGUGUAAAAGACAUCAAAUGGGGUCCGAGAUGAAGCUCUGCAAACCCCUUCUUAAGCUGCUUGGUUGAUGUUCUUGUUUGCAGCAAGGAGUUGUGUGUGGUAGAUUCUUCUGAGAGCAGCUGAAACUGUCGCUUCUGUGGCCUUAGAUGUUCAAUAAAUGUUCAUAUUUAUCUGUGACUGCAGCAGCACUUUUCUCUGCAAAGAAAUGGACGGAUUCUCUUGAUGUUUGGUAUUUUAUUAGAAACUUGUAAUUUGGAUAUGGAGACAUUAAUCUGUUUCAUAGAUAAGAGAUCUCGUAAAUAUGCACUGGAAUGUU